AUGUUUAGCCUUUUAAUCGCUUUUUUGGCCGUCUUAAUAGUCUCCUCGGAAGCUAACCCCGAUAAUUUCAAAAGGGGUGGUGAAUCGACAUCAAAAAAUUGUCCUUCAGCAUUACUUACAGCAACCCAUAAUAAGACUAUUAAAGGACAAUUAACUUUUUUUCAAGAUUCGACAGGCGAAGUAUGGCUUACCGGCACUUACCAAUGGGGUUUUCAGGAUCCAAGUGAAUGGGAUUAUACUUGGACACUUCAAAAUGGCUGUCAAGAAGUCGUUUUUGAUAUAACCGAAGCUCUCAGCACAGAAUUUGCUAAAGAUAGUGGCUGCGAUGGCUAUACCCCCGAAACUCCUCCACCAGAAACAACGAGUAGUCAUAUUACUAGUACUGUGUGCACAACGAGUAGUUAUAGUACUAGCACUCCGUGUACAACGACUACUUAUAGUAGUUCAGAUGAUAAAAAAAGUAAUAAGAAGAGUAGUAGUUAUAGAAGAAGAAAUCGUAUUGGUAGAAGAGAUGAUAUAUGUUUAAUUGGGCCGUGGGGUACAAAGCCGUGGGUUGUCAAGGUUAGCAAUUUAACUUGGAAUUGUGGAAAUGGUGAUGGUUUUAUGUUCAAAACUUGCGAUAAAGAUCUCUAUAAAGACACUCUGUUAGGUUCUAGUGACGUUCCUGAUCGACUUAUAAACCAAGGUCCAGCAAGUGGUCUAUAUCUUGUAAUAACUGGUAACGAUAAAUCAGGAAAGCGAACGACUACUACAGAUGCUGCUCCGAUUAAUGUUAAUGAUAAUGGUGGUACUGUUGCUCCAGCAGCUCCAGCAGCAGCUCCGGCAGCAGCUCCAGCAGCAGCUCCGGCGGCAGCUCCAGCAGCAGCUCCGGCGGCAGCUCCAGCGCCAGCAGCUGCACCACCAGCUGCACCUGCACCUGCUGCACCUGCUCCAGCCGCACCUGCUCCAGCACCAGCUGCUGCUCCACCAGCUGCUCCACCAGCUGCCCCACCAGCUGCCCCACCAGCUGUCCCAACAGCUGCUCCAUCAGCUGCAUCAAAUGUUACAAAUACAACAACAAUCCUGACUACAACAGCAACCCUGACAUCUACAAUAACAGCCCUGACAGAUACAACAACAAUAGCCCCCCCUCCAGCAGCUCCGACGGCAUAG